UGAUUGGCCGUAGGCGAGGGCUUGCGGGGGGUGGUCGCGAUGGCCGCUCUCUUGGACUCUGGUAGCAGCGGUGGUGGCGGCGACGGCGAUAAUGACGACGCCACAGCGGAGUCUGCGCGGGAUGUGGACGAGGAGGGUGAAGAAGAAGAGGAGGAGAAGGGAGAGUACGAGGUGGAGAGCAUCGUAGACACCAGGACCUUCGAGGGCGAGCAGCAGUUUCGCGUUCGCUGGCGUGGCUACUCGCCCGAGGAGGAUACGUGGGAGCCCAAGGAGAACCUCGGGGGCUGCGAGGAGCUCCUGCAGCAGUUCUACCACAACAGGAAGGCCCUAAAGUUGCACUCCGCCAACGACUCUGUGACGUUGAGCCAUAAGAAAGAAAAUAAAUCUGAGAAAAAAAAUGAAACGUUGGCAUCGCCAGGCAAAUCUCAUCAGCAGAAGAAAAGGAAGAAGAGGAAGAAAGAAAAGAGUGGCGAGAAGGCCAAGCUGAGAGACGAGCAGAGCAGCACAGACCAAACAUCGGCCAGCAAGUCCAAAUCGGCGCGGAAGCACCACCAUAAGUCGGAGCGCCGCCACAAAUCGGAAAAACGCAGCAAAUCCAAGCACCGCCAUCAUAUGUCACAGCCAGAGGGCGACUCCCGGAAGCAUUGCGAGAAUGCAGAACCAGCAAAGAAGUCUGCAGUGGUGAGGGAGAAGCAACUUGAAAGGCUUUGUCCAAGCCCUGAGGAGGGAAAAAGUGAUUUCUCAUCAAUGCAUCACUCUAACCACAAUACCAAUUCCAAGAAAGCCAUGGAAAUCGAAGCUACCUGUGCUGUUGUGAAAAUCGAAAGAUUGUCUGACAAUGAAGAAUAUUUAAAAUCCUACCAAAGCGAUAAACAACGCAACAACAACCUCCCUGGCAUGAGGAACGUCUCGGUCAAGGUGGAACUAGAUUGGGAGGGCUCUGUGACCUCUGACACUGGGAGUGUCAUUCAUCACAGUGGCGGGAUGCCGAACUUGUAUAGCCAGGAGAUCGCUUGUGAAGGAGGGCUUCAAAAUCAAGUUGUUGGUUUGAUGUCACCAGCUUCUGAAUAUUCAGGUAUAAGUCCCAAAUAUAUGCAAUCAAAAUAUAAAAAAACACAAAAACUAAUAGUUGGAUGCAGAAAACUGGUAGUGCUGGUGUAUAGGUUAAAAUUAUCUGCUGUUGAAGGAAACAAGCCAAGUGAAAAACCUAAUAUCUCAGUGCCGAGCGAGUAUGAAAGUGUGCAGGCUGGAGUCAGCAAGGUGCCUGUGAAGAGUCUGUGUGGUGAAAAAUUGGCCGACUCGAAAUGUCUACCAAAUAAAGAAAACCUUGAAGAUGGGAAAAUAAAACCGAAAAAAAGAAAAAUGAGUCCAGAUGUUACCAACUCUGUUGAGAGUGAUCCUGAAUUGCACAAAAAGAGACACAAGCAUAAACACAAACACAAAGCACAAUAUUCCAUUGAGCCGAAGAAGAGCAAGAAGGUGAGCUCAGCUGAUACGGUUUGUGAAAUGGAAGUGGACGUCACUCAGCAGGAACUAGCAGAUGAAACCCAGGGGGGAAAAUACUCUUCGGAUGAAAAUAAAGCUUUGCAUGGAGCUUGUGGAAGUUCACUGCAGAAGCUUCAGGAGUCACUUAACCUCGACUUGAUUCAUAACGAUGAGAUGUCCUCUUCAGAGGAGUCCAUUCUUAAAAACCUGGGAGAAAAUCCUCCCUCGGGGACAGCGAUGCCGUCGCCGCCGCCUUUAGACGGAGUGACCUGCGACACCAAAACGCAAGCGCUGAAGUCUGUCCCCACGGCAGCGAAGCAGCAGCAGCUGCCCGUUGACUCAAAGCCACGCUCGUCGGACUCCAGUCUGCUCAACGAUGUCAUCGGGGACCUCCAGAUGCGCCCGUGCGAACCAAAGGCCCGGCCUCGCGAGGAGAUGACCUUUGACUGCCUCAGCCUGGAGCAGCUGAGGCGACGGCUUUUCGAGGAGUGUGUGAAUGCCGCCGCGAUGGCGCCAUGCGACGCCAGCGGAGUAGUCGGCAUGGGGGAGCUGCGCGAGGCUGUGCGCACUGGCGACAUGCACACUGUGCGGGCCGCACUCACCACGCAGCUCCACCAAGUCGACCAUGAGGACGGGACCGGCAUGACGUUGGUGAUGCUGGCCGCUGCAUUUGGACACUUGGACAUCCUCCGGUUGCUCAUUCGCAGCGGGGCCAACGUAAAUGCACGGCAGAAAAACGGCAGCACGGCUUUAAUCCACGCAGCUGAGAAGAAUCAUCUGAGCACUUUGGCUUUGCUACUGGAGAAUGGAGCCCGCGUGAACCUCCAGCAAAACAAUGGGGAGACGGCUUUAUCGAAGGCCUGCAAGAGGGGCGACGUGGAGAUGGUCCGGUUGUUGCUGGACAACUUUGCUGACUGCAGUGCGAUGUUGGUGCAGCAGAGCGCAACCCAAGCUCAUCAAAAACUGUACUCCAACCAGAUUAUUUCUGAGAUGAUUGCCAACAACAGACAAUUUGACUCAUCCUGACCCAUACAAGUUCGAGCAAGCGCGUCCGUUCCCAAGCAAGACGUCGUAUCCCAAGACAUUUUUUCCUCGUCAAAACAUGACGUAUACCAAAUUCGACGUAUUCCAAAGCGGUUGUAUACCGAGGUAUGACUGUACAUACACAAAUACUAAGCUAUUGUGAAAGCCCGGUGUUCCGUUUGUCCAUUUGUCCGUCAACACAAUUAUAAGAGGAUUGAAGAAGUCCUGAAUCAAAAAGUAAUAAAGUGGGGAGUAAAUAAUUUAUCUAAAAGGUUUCCGAAAAUUGUCGACCCUCCCUCAACAAGUAUUUUUACCCCCCCCCCCCCCGUAGGCAUAUAUACCGUCACACCCUGCAUACAAUAGAGUGAGUAGUAUCUAGUGCAGGGGUGGGCAAACUUUUUCACUCGUGGGCUACAAUGGGUUCUAAAAUUUGACAGAGGGGCCGGGCCAGGAACAGAUGGAUGGAGUGUUUGUGUGAACUAAUAUAAAUGACAUGUGAAAAUCAUUACAUGAAAGGAUUUGGCCUUUAACAGGUAGCAAACAAAUUGCAUGAACAUGAACAGCACAAAAACAUGUCGUAACGUGACUGAUGAAACAUCAUGAAAACAUCUGAGGCCUGCGCCCAAACCAAUUACCUCACUUGAACGUCUUUAUUAUCUACAUUAACAGGUUAGAGCAGCCACGCAGGCUGUGUGAUGGAGAUUUGGCUCCAACCUCGCUGCAGCAACAGAUCAUCAGUUUCAGUGGGAACAGUGUUGUUGAUCUCCCAUUUUUGCCAGUGCGUCCAAGUCUGGAGUUAUUUUGGUUGUGGCAAUUCUCAGGAUAGAUCUGAGGUGCUGAUCUGUUAACUUUGAUCUGUGACGGGCUUUGUAGGCGUUCAUGACGCUGAAUGUCUGCUCACACACAUAAGUCGAGCCAAACAAAGUCAGUAUCUUCUGUGCAGUCCUCCGGAGGUUUGGAAACGUGGCUCUUAAGUGAAGCAUAAAAGUCAUUCAGUUUAACAGAGUUGAACUUCUCCUUUAGGACGGAGUCAGACUGAAGAUCUAUCAGUUCCAACUGUAGCUCCUGUGGUGCUGUUUCAGGGUCUUGUGACAGGGGACAGGACACCAGCUGAAGUGACUGUUCAAUGUUUUCGAAAUCAGAGAACCUACGGCAGAAUUCUCCGUGCAGGUCCUCAAGCGAUUUGCUGUAUUUUUUUGCGUUUCGCGGUGCCUCUUCCUGCAUGGCAAGUGUGGGGAAAUGAGCGAAAGAUUUGUUCGCAAUUUGUCCGGAGAACAAAGUGAGCUUGGAUUUUAAGGCUUUCACAUUCUAGAUUUGAGGCUUUCGUGACUGCAAGGAUUCAUAUUCUUAGGUUUUUCGGUAAAGUCACGUAGGUGGUGGUGGGAAUCCGGUUUCAAGUAGGAAUCUGUGUGGGUGGCUUUCCUGUAGACAGAAUGUCCCAAGGAUCCGUCAGGCCUCCUCUCAAACAGAAUAUCCAAGAAUGGUAGUUUACCGUCUUUCUCCACUUCCAUGGUGAAUCCCCCAACCGGAUUCCCACCACCACCCAUCUUAAAAUAAUUCUCAUCAAAACGCUAUACCACAGAGCCCAUGGUAUUUCUGACCAACACCACCUGGCCGGUGAAUUAAGACAUGUACAUCGGGCCCUCAGGAUGAACGGAUACUCUGACCGCACUAUCCGCCAAGCUGUUUCUCCCACCAUACAGAAACAGCCACAUGAAGCUCCGACCAAAACUAUCACGUUGCCAUACAUAGCAGGCGUGACCAGGAAGAUCUCCAAGAUUCUAAACAAACAUAAGAUCCAAGUCCGAUUCAGUACAGUGCAUACAAUCCGUGAUUUGAUUCCAUCUGUGAAGGAUGUCGUUCCUGACUUACCGCAUCCUGGAGUCUACAAAUUGAGUUGCAUUUGUGGUGAUUGCUACAUUGGAGAAACGAAACGUCAUGUUUCUGAUCGUGUCCGCUAACACAAGUCAGAUCUGAAACACGGCAGAACUGAUUCUUCGGCCGUUGCCGAUCAUUGCUACAACUCGGUGGGCUCUCAUGAAAUUGUCUUUUCCGAGACCAAGGUUCUCUGCAAACCUCCUGGCUACCAUCAAAGGUUUGUACACGAGGCCAUACAAAUAUACAAACACAGACAUAAUUUCAACCGUGAUGACGGUUACAAACUGAGUAAUCAUUGGAAAGAUGUGAUUAACCAUGCAAAAAAGAUUUAACUACACUUAUUUGCCAAUCUUAUUUGACAGACAACUAUUACAGUUUUACCAUGUUUAGUGGUUGUCUCCCUGUCACAGGUUGAGUCACAGGCCGUGCCUCUCCAUAAACAAAGGCUCAGCCUUUGUUAUGCAGUCUAUUCUUAGUCUUGAGCCUCACCUUACCAUAUUAAUAAAAAGUAUGCGGCCCUUGCCCCACCACCUUCUCCAACCAUUAUAUAAACGGAGUGGUAGCUCCUGCAAUCUCUCAUUUACUUGAUGCAGCUUUCGUGGCUGUGACGGUACCACCUGAAGACGGAAGCUUGUGUUGCCUCCGAAACGUCGUGAUUUUACUUUUUAAUGUUUUUACCUACGUGACUUUACCGAAAAAACCUAAGAAUAGGCUUUCACAUGUUUGUACAUGUCGUGAACAAACUGAUCUUUCCCCUGCAGUUUCACAUUCAGCUCAUUCAUGUGUGAAAAUAUGUCCACAGCAAACGCAAAGUCACUAAGCCAGUUCUUGUCGCUUAGCUCAGGGAAUUCGUCAGAUUUCCCCAUCAACUCCAAAAAUUCGAUGAUGUCCUCUUUCAGCUCCCACACUUGUUGUAACACUUUCCCCAAACUUAACCAACAGACAUGAGAAUGGUACAGCAAGUCCUGAUGAUCCGCAUCAGUUUCCUCCAGGAAUGUAAUAAACUGACGGUGCUGAAGUCCCCUUGCUCGUAUAAAGUUCACAAGCUUUACGACUGGAUUCACGACAUGAUUAAGCUGCAAUACAGACUUACACAGGGAUUCCUGAUGGAUGAUGCAGUGAAGGAAAAUAAGAUCCUGGACAGGUUCUUUCACUUUAUCCUGGAUUCUUUUCAGCAGCCCAACAUUUUUUCCAGUUAAAUUUGGCGAUCCAUCCGUUGUGACAUUAACAAGUUUACUCCGAGGUAGCGUCAUUCUUUCGAUGACAGCAGAUACCUGGUUAUACAAGUCUUCUCCCCGCGUUGUUCCUUUCAGGGACUCCAUGGUCAAAAACUCCUCUGUUAUCGCAAAACUGUCGUCAAUGCCUCGGAUAAAAAUGAGGAGCUGAGCAGUGUAUUUUACGUCUGUACUUUCAUCCAGUGCUAGUGAAUAUAAUUCAAAGGAAUCAGACUUUUUAUUUAAUUGACUAGCUAUAUUUUUAUCAAUCAGUUCCACACGGUGAGUCACAGUCCUGCGUGAUAAACUGACUUUUUCAAAUUUGCUUUUGAUCUCUGGACACGAGAUGUCUGCUGUCUGUACCAUGUAUUCUUUUACAAACUUGCCUUCGGAGAAAGCGGUAAUGAGUGGUGAUGUUGGUGAGAAGUUUUUAAAUAAAAUUUAAAUCGAAGUGAAGAAGGAAAUUAUUGAAAAGUUUGUAUAAUUAAUGAUUUUUAAAACUUUAAUUAUGUUUUCUGUGCUUAAAACUCUUGAAAAACUGUGGGGUCUAGAACGGACUCGUGAAAUUCGGAGAGAACUCGGGAGUUAAGUUUUGUUGAAUUACACAAAGUGCGCCAUCUAUUGCGGAAAUGGGGGCAUUACAGGAGGAAGGUAAAAUUUUAUUUAAUAAUAAUAUUUGGACAAGUUCGGCAGGCCGGAUUAAAAAGCCCAACGGGCUGUAUAUGGCCCGCGGCCGUACUUUGCCCAUGUCUGAUCUAGUGACUGGCUUUACAGUAGUAUCUACUGACUCUAUAAUAGUAUCCACUGACUAUAGUAGUAUCUGCUGACUAUAGUAGUAUCUGCUGACUAUAGUAGUAACUACUAACUCUAUUGUAGUAUCUGCUGACUAUAGUAGUAUCUGCUGACUCGCAGUAUCUACUGACUUGCAGUAUCUACUGACUCUGCAGCAGUAUAUACUGACUGUAGUAGUACCUACUGAAUCUAUAGUAGUGUAUAUAUAUUCUAUAGUAAUGUAAUGACUCUCGGACAACUUCUGUAAAUCUUUGUUAUUUAUUUAUUAAGGCGCGUCAUGCAGAAACUUGAUCUCAUGCCUACAGAUACUUGGGCAAGGAGUAACAUAUAGAUACUUGGGCUAGGAUUACACACAAGUAGCGACUUACGUGAAGGUGGUUACAUCCCGAAGACAGCCAAAGCGUGGAGAUAGCAGUCGACCCCCGAUCCCACGGCAGCCCCGAGCUCACUCGCCCGCCGCCUUAUAUCUCACCUCAGUGUCGUCUCGCUCCACCCCCGGUCACGCCCCUUUUCUGGAAUUGUCUCGGCCUAUCCCGAUCUUCCCCAAUGGUUCCCUCCUGUAAUUAUCCCUUGUGACUAAUUGUCCACGCACUGUCCCUGCACCCGUACUGUCUCCCCUUGCACACUGUCUCCUCUCCACGUACUAUUUCCACACAUGCCUUGUUUCUCUUUCCACACUGUCUCUACAGUAUCCACUGACUUUCGUAGUAUCUACUAACUCUAUAGUAGUAUCUACCGACUUGAUAGCAGUAUAUACUGACUAUGGUAGUAUCUACUGACUGGUAGUAUCUACUGACUCUAUAAUAGUAUAUAUCGACUCUAUAGCAGUAACUUCUCACUUCACAGAGUGCCGUGGUGAGGCCUAGUCCCAUGGAUAGCUGCCGUCCUUGCCUAGAUAGCCUAGCCGGCCGAGGUGGCAUCUUGGCCGGCUGGGGCUGGGCUGCUACCCCCCCCCCCCCCCCACCAUCCCCCCGCCAGCUCUACAAUAGUUGUGUAGUGACAUCGGGGAUGUCAUUGUAUGGUGCCGGCCUGAGAGGGCCGUGAUGUGCGAUGCACUGUCAUCGCAUACACCUCGUGGGCGGGUGUGGUACCAGCCCUAGCGGGGCUUGGUGAGCGCUGGGUUAGCGUAGGCACCACACAUAGCGUGUUGUGCGAGCUCCCACCAGGGGGAGUGGGAGAGUUAGCCCAGGGGUAGGGUUGCCCCGGGCCAUGGCACUCUGGUUGACCCCGUAGACACGUGAUCCGGAGUGUCCACAGAGAGGCCCACUGGUGGUGGGGGGGGGGCUAGGGGGUGAUCACGUGUCGGGGGAGAGCUCCCGAGAGGGAUGGAGAGGGAGCUAGAAUGAUCGAAGGUGGGCGGGGCCAAGAGCGGAGCGGCCCCGACCCGGGGGGGAUAUAAGAUGGGUCCCUGAGAGGGACCGGGGUCGCUGCAUUCUACAAACUGAAGCUCCAUGUCUACAAGCUGGAAGCUCUGUCCUACGAGGCAUCAACACGUGGUCGGGGACCCGAGUGAGGGUCUAACCCUUCGUAGCUAUACCUCCUACGUAUAGAGUAGUUAGCUGGGUGGUCACCAACCUAGGCUGUAUCUGGUGAAGGGGCAGUUACUCCUUUGUGUUAGCGGGUUGAUGUUACAAUAAAAAGUGUUGCCUCUAAAGAGCAACGUCUGCGACUCAGUUUGACCCACUACAGUAGUAUCAACGGACUAUAGUAGUAACUACCGACUCUAUAGUAGUAACUGCACAUAUUGGGGUGGGGGGGAGAAGAGGACAUCACACUGUGAAGAAUUUACCUCAGUGUUGUGUUUUUUUUGCAUUUUGAACGCGAAUAAGAAUUUCUCACCACCUCCCCCCACUGAGUCAGCGUUCUCGCGCAUGCGCAGAUGCGUGAUUUGGCGCCGCGCUCUGCGUAUAAAAGGAAUAAAUUGUUAAUUCAACUACUUUUAACUUGACGGAUGGGAAAUACGAAUAGCGCUUUUUUGUCCCAGGGCAUAUAGCGUGGUAUCUGGGUACUUUUUCGAUACGUAAUCCCCACAGUUUGUCAGUUAAAAUCGUCACAAGGUACUCACGCAGACAGACACACAGACAAAAAAUGACUUUUAUAGGUAAGAUGUCUCUAUAUUUUGAUUUAAAGCUUUCGUGACUGCAGGGAUUCAUAUUCUUGGUUCUUUUGGUAAAGAACCAAUAAUAUUGUCUGUAUAUGUGUCAUUGUGUGCUUCCUACCUGCCCUCUUGAUUGCAUGAUGCAUUUAGAGAGGAUCAAUUUGUAUGCAUAUCUCGUUUUCUUUUUAGUUUUUGACCUGACACCCUGACACCCUUAUAAGUGAGACCUUCCAACUCUGCACGUUAUCCUGGUUAAAUAUUUAAAUAGCACAGAAGAGUGCAUCCGAGGGAAUGUAUUCCCAGUAUCACACAGCAGAUAAGUACAUAAGCAAGUUGUGUCCCGUCAUGUGCAGCUCCAUUAAAAUGUGAACGGUGUUCUAAUCAGGUGUGUAUUUAUUCCCACAAGCCCUCCAGGCUUAUCCUGAAUUCCAGAUUCCUCAAGUCUGGCUUUGAAAAGUGGUUGUUUUAUUGAGUGAAAAUAAAUAAAUGAGUCUACCUGGUGCAUAAAGACAUCUCAGCGGGGUAAGAAACAGCCUGGGAUCCUCCAAAACAUGUGGUGUUUUCCACAUGCGUUGGAGCAGGAUGUCUGGAGAUAAUCUAUGUGAACGAGGGGAUAAACACUUCCUCCUAAGAUGUUCUCUCACGUCAAAACACUAACGUGAGAUGAAGACACCUUUUUUGUAGUCUGCAAAGUUCGUGAAGAUACAAGGAAAUUUGCACUGGAUGCCAGCCUGAAUGCGCAGCGAGGACCCUUGACUUUGUGAAUAUCGCAUGUAGCGCCGCGUUUCUUCAGAGCGGUGCUCGCCCCGAAUGUAGAGCGGGAGGGGGUGCGUGUG